AUGAAAACGUUACAAUCGCCAAGGACUCCAACCUCACAGAUGCCGCCUACUCAAGAAAAAAAUAACCGUCGUCGUUCAGUACCUAAUACAGCCGAGCAGCAAAUCGCAACAGCAUUCGGUCAAUUGACUAAUGUUUUAGGACAACGUCAAUCACAUAAUCCAAUUAAAGAAGAUGAUGACUGCGAUCUCUACGCCAAGCUUUUGGCUAAAAACUGA